AACUCAUAGAAAACAAACAAACAAACAAACUCAUAGACAAACACAGAGACAGAUCAAGUGUCUCUGGAGACUUUCUCACACUUUGAUUUUGGACAUGAAGUGGACAUGAAGUUGUUUUGUGCUCGUGCUCGUGGGGACACUGCUACACGGAGCCGCAGCCAAGGUUCACACUUUGAGAUAUUUCCAGACGUCUUCAACUCAAGUCCCAAACUUCCCAGAGCACAUUUCUGUUGCAUAUGUGGACGAUCUUCAGAUUUAUCACUACGACAGUGACACAAAGAGACUUGUCCCCAAACAGGAGUGGAUGAAGAAACUCUCAUUGGAGGAGCCUCAGUACUGGGAGAGACAAACUCAGAACAGUUUGGGGAAUGAGCUGACGGGAAAAGCUGAAAUAGAAACUGUCAAACGACGCCUGAAUGUGACCAGAGGUCUUCAUCUACAUCAGAGGAUGGGUGGAUGUGACUGGGACGAUGAGACUAAUGAGAUCAGAGGAUAUUAUCAAACUGCUUUUGACGGAGAAGAUUUUAUUUCAUUGGAUUUUGAGACUGAAACUUAUGUGGCUGCAAAACAACAGGCCUUUAUCACCAAACAGACAUGGGAGAGGGAAGGAGUCGCUGCCUACACUAAAAACUUAAUCAUUCAUGAAUGUUCUAAGAAUCUGAAGAAAUUUGUGCACAACGCAGAGAGCGCUCUGAAGAGGACAGAGCUCCCCCUGGUGUCCCUGCUGCAGAAGUCCUCCUCAGGUCCAGUCACGUGCCACGCCACACGCUUCUACCCCGACAGAGCCAUGCUGUUCUGGACCAAAGACGGAGUGGAGGUGACGGAGGACGUGGACCCUGGAGAGAUCCUGCCCAACGGAGACGGGACCUUCCAGACCAGUGUGUCCCUGGACCUGUCCUCUGUCCCCCCUGAGGACUGGGACAGGUUCAACUGUGUGUUCCAACUGUCCGGGGUCCAAGACGACUAUGUGACCAGACUGGACCGGACCAAGAUCUUGACCAACGAGGAGACGCCCACAGAUCUCGUCUCUGUGUUGGUUCCUCUCGCUGUCGUCGCUCUGGUCGUCGCUCUGGUCGUCGCUCUGGUCGCUGUCGCCUUCGUCUUGAUCAGGAGAUCUAGAGCCAAACGGCCCCCGACUCCUCCGAGUGACCCGGACGUGCAGGAGGUGCUGCAGGAGUUGAACCCUCAGCCACAGUGACGUUCGCUCGGACAGAUCAGCUCCGUCCUGACGCUUCACGCCUUUGGUUUUUUUUCACCAUUUAACAUUAAAUUAAAACUCUGUCCUGCUUGAAUCUUAUAAAUGUGACAUGACUGUGUGGCAGAGUGGUUAGCACUGCUCUGGGAUCACAUCUAGGACGUGUUUGUUGUUCUCCAGACCAUUUUUAGAACACGCUGGAAACUGGAACCGGAGAAAAAAGAAAUGACUGUAUUUUUCAGACUAUAAGUCGCACCACACAAAAAAUACACAAUGAAGAAGAAAAAAACAUAUACAAGUUGCACUUUUUUUUUUUGUAUUUACACAAAAAAAAUGAUCCCUUAAUUAGCUGUUAGGUAUUUUGUAUCCAUAAAUAUUUGUUUUGGUGCACUUAAACUCUCUACAAAGAUGAUUUAAAAAACACAUUACGCAAAUUAGACUUUUUUUUUUUGACCAUUUUCUAUUGCCCCCUCAUCAAAAACAUACCUAGAGUUAUAUUUUGUUUCUUUAACUCGUUUAUCCAAAGUUGUCUUCUCUCAGCCUCAAAAAUGCUCCCUUUAAAUAUCGCCCGGAUUGUCGCGUCAUAGAUAAAACUUUGGACUUCUCCUGCGCAGUUGUGAAGUCGUGAACCAUCGGCGGACUCACUCUGCGGUCAAAUGCUCACGAUAAACGUCAAAGCGUUUUAAAUUCAAGCCACAGGAAGGUAGAAUAUGUGUUGAGAAUGAGAUACUGGGAGCGCUCGCCCGGAUCACAGACGCAAGUUACACAAAAAACAGGUGCUGCUCAAGGGCUAGAGGGCAAAUGUUGAACAAACAA